AUGGUGUGUAUAGUUUUUGCAAUUUUCUUUGGGAAUAGUCUCUGUUUGCUGCUUCUACUGUCUAGCUUGGCCGAUGCAAAUCAGGCCAACAUUGAUUGCUUGAAGACCUUUAAAUCUCAAGUUGAGGAUCCAAAUGGGUAUUUGUCAAGUUGGGAUUUUGGGAACCAGACUGCACAAGGUUUCAUCUGCAAGUUCAGUGGUGUGACUUGUUGGCACGAUGAUGAGAAUAGGGUUUUGAGUAUUAAGCUCUAUGGUUAUGGUCUCAGAGGAGUGUUUCCUCAGGGGAUUAAUCUAUGUGCUGAUUUGGUAGGUUUAGAUCUUUCUAGAAACAACUUUUCUGGACCUUUGCCAUCAAACCUUACAGAUGUGACUCACCAUGUUACUACUUUGGACCUCUCUUACAAUGGUUUCUCUGGUGAAAUCCCUGUUAGUAUCUCAAACAUUUCCUUUUUGAACUUUCUUAUGCUUCAGCAUAACCAGUUCACUGGUCGGCUUCCUCCUCAGUUAGUGCUACUCGGACGGCUCAAAACGUUCUUUGUGGCUGACAAUCGUCUUGAAGGUCCUAUCCCAAAGUUCAACAGCACCAGCAUUAACUCUGAGAGUUUUGCUAAUAACUUGAAUCUGUGCGGUAAGCCUCUGGAUGAUUGUAAGACGACUUCUACCAACUCUCGGGGUAAAGUUGUUAUUUUAGCGGCACUAGGUGGAUUUACCGUGGCAGCAUUUGUCGUUGGAAUUGUUCUAGGAUUCCUCUGUUCUACUAUUUCUGUAGAGCGGCUGUUAUUCAGAAAAAGCCGACAGAGCCGAUAA